ACCUUAGCAACAGCAGUUAAUGAUCUCAACCUCACUUUGAAAGUUUGUAUGUCUGCUAGCCGGUUCUGACAGAGUGAUUCUCAAAAAUUUUGAAUCUUUUCUAAUUUGUUUAGCACAAUUGUGUGCUCUGAAUUUUUGUUUUUACUAAACAAUGUAGAUUUGAAUCAUUAUUUUACGUAACUAAAAUGUUCUGAUGCUUUAAGAAGAUGAAAGGCGUAACAUUUUCAUUAAUAUCUGGUUUCUUAGCUGCUACAGCCUCGUUAUGUGGAAAAUUUUCUAUGGCUGCUGAAGAAACUCUAGUUUUUUGCGAAAGCCUAAUGCAAAAGCUUCCUGGAGCAGAUGCCAAAAAAUCUAAUGCGUUUACUUAUACACCUGUGUGUGAAAAUGUGCUCUUUGUUACAAGAGUGGGAUUUUUCUUAGCAAUGCUACUUUUAAAUGCCUUAAUGUGGACACUCUUUACAAAAGCGUUAAGGAUGUGCUCCACUACUCUGGAAGCCACAGUUACUAACACAGCUGCUAAUUUCUUUUUUGCAGCUAUUUAUGGACAAGUAUUUUUUGGAGAAUCCUUGUCUUUUCUUUGGUGGAUGGGGACUAUGUUAAUAAUUACUGGUCUCAUCAUUAUGCACAGAAGCAAUCAAGAAACAGUAGCUUCGCCUCCUGUUAUAAGAAAGAAGAAAGUUUAAAUUCAUAGAAAACAAAAGAUAUUUCCAUUUCUUAGUUUCAGAAAAGGGAAAAGGAAUUUGCUGAUAAAAUAUUUGCACAUGAUCAUUUUGUAUAAAUUAUUUUUGAUCACUAGAAACAUUUGGAAUUUUACUAUGUAAAUAAAUAAUUUGUGUAAAUAUUUCUGUAUAUUAGUUACUUUUGGCAUUAAAUAAUAUAAUUAUGAAAAGUA